AAUUUUGUAGUCAAAAUUAGCCUUUUCAUUUCAGCAAAAUAACCCUAAAGUACUCCGUUCCCCAUAUCUCUUCCCUCAGUCGUCAAUUCCAGUUGACCAGAGAGAACUCCAGAUCUCUUUGGAAUCAGUUCUUCGCCCCCCACCGGAUUUGAUGGCUCCGAAACCUGUUACGAGUCCCGUCCCCGAAGCCUGGUACCCAACCCUUGCGGUCUUGAUGAUCGCUGUUGGCCUUAUCAUUACCGCCUCGUUUUUCAUCUAUGAAGCUACAACUUCUAGGAAAAACCGUAGUCUGGCCACGGAACUUACGAGAGGAGCCGUUGCCUCAGUUUUCUUGGGUUUUGGAUCUUUGUUCUUGCUGCUUGCUUCUGGUGUUUAUGUCUAACCUAUUAGAAGAACAUGUUGAGAACUUUUUUUAUUUAGCGGACUCAGUUUUACAUGUAUGAUGCUGGGCUAGGACUACUUACGUAAAAACAGUGGUCUAUUUUUCCAAUGAGGAAUGAAUAUUUUCGAUUUUUUUCUUUAGAAUGGAGCAUUAUACUUAUACAAUGCAUUAUGAUUGAAGGGAUUUUGAUUUUGCUGA